CCCAUGAUUGACGCAGUAUAAUAGUAUGUAAAGUAUAUUUAAUAUCAUUUAAGAAAUAAAUAAUUAUCUACUAGUUACAUAAAUAAUGUUACAGUGCUGUUUUGCAUGUAAUUAUAUAGAACAAAGAUCAAAAUAUAAUGUUACGAUAAGAUCAAUUAGAUUCUUUUGUUCACUACAACCGCUGUCGCUAACUAUAGUAUACCGUGAUAAUAUAGUAGUAGUGUGGGCUAUCACGUUCACUUGAUAACCUCUCUCUAUGUGCAAUUUUGGAUUGUUUUAUGAUUUAAGGCUGUUCGCGCUCGCUAUCUUUUGUUCGAAGCGUGUGUGACUUCAGCGACAAGUAUGGACAAAAUAUGAACUACGAAUACAAACGAGGAACGGCUUUUCCUUCGUCAUGCAUCUAUCGUAUCGGUGUAUAAGCUUGUAUCAUUUAUUUCCCUUUCACGCGUACAUAACAAUUGCGUUCGUGUUAAUUUAAUAGAAAGAAAUGAAAGUUUUCGUAUGUAUACUUUCUUUGAUGGUAGAGUGCGUCUCGCUGUGAUCCGUGCUAGAUACGACGUCAGUACGCAUUUGUCUCACGAUAAAGAAUAAUAAAUAUAAUUAACACGUAAAUUUGCGGAUUUAACGAAAUUAAUUUUUCUAUAUCAUAUCUAUUUACCUGUACAAGUAUUAUCGGCAAUGUAAAGUUUCAGUACUUUAUCGUUUAUUCAGAAUUAGAUUGAAAGAAUUUUGAAAAUACAUUGAAGAAAUAUGCAGGCAUUCGCUCGGUAGUACUUGCGUUGCUGCGUAAUACUAUUGUUUAAAUAUUAGUUUAUCGUAAUUCGUGUACAUUAGAGACUUUAGAAAUGAUUGAAAAAUUAUCGAAAGUAUUAAUUUAUAAGUUUUUACGUUUAUAAGGAGAUAGUUUCGACGUUCACGCGUCGGAAUACAAGAGAAAACUAUAUCUCGGACUAAUCGUCAAAGUUAAUGAAAAGAUCGUAUGUGUCGAUAUUAAAGAAGGCCAACAAAUCUCGUGACGAAAAUUUUGUAGUAUUGACAUUAUUUUAAGUUGCUAACAAUCUGAGUGACAUUGGACAAGAAAGUCUUUAUUUUUGCCAUAGAAUCAUCUGUCCAAAGAGUGACCGUAGCUUUUCCAUGCGAGCGUCAGCUAUUUACGUGCGCUUCAUCAAAAAUUAGUACUAGGGUUAUGAGCUUCUUCUCUUUUGCCGCAAAUUUCGAGGGAGCGCUGCACUAUACAACUUUUUCUACACGAAAAAUGUCAAAAACAAAAUUUAAACAUUUGAUCGAACGUUUUAUUCUUGACCAAUUUUUAUGGACAAAGUCUUAUUUUAAAGACGAAGAUUUUUGAACGAGAACAUGGCCUUUUGAAAUUGUUGGAAAAACUUCAUUUUCGUGCAUAAACCAUUCUUAGGAAGAAACGCAAUUUUUAUUGACCGAUUCACAUUUAUUGUAUGAUCUUCCUUUAUGUGGCAUAUAAUUUCUUCAUGCUGUUUUCCAGAUGUAUUAAUACUUUUACUACGUACAAAAAAAUUUCUGUCACGCGCUAACUCGAUCGUCGAAUUACCCGUGAGAGGGGAGUAUGAUCUAAAGUUAGCUUGUAAACCGAUUCAAUAGGCGAUUUAAUGACAACAGUGUUUACCUAUCCGCCCUUCUAGUUGUUAUUUCAUCCAUGCCUGUCGCAGAAGUCGCAUGUGCGAAAAGUGAUAAACCGACUUUAGUUGUUGUCAAGCGAAACUGAAAAUUUUCUAUAAUUUCUUGUCAUAGAUUCUAUAAAUUAUAUUUAUUUAUUGAAUUUAUGAAAAUACCAAUAUGUGCGACGAAGAUGUAAUACGCAGAAGAUUACUCAUAGAUGGGGAUGGUACUGGAGAUGACCGUCGAAUAAAUAUGUUGUUAAAGUCAUUUAUAAAAUGGAUAAAUAGUCCUGAUGCCGAUAACACAUUACACGAGAGAAUGCUGUCGCAACUUGCCCAGUGUGAAUUUGCGCAAAGAAAAUCUAGGCUGGUUUCAAACAUGAGCCAAGAAGAAUUGAAGAGUUAUAGUAAUUUAUCGAAUGAAAUCGAAAUACAAAUAGAAGAAGCCAAAAAAGAAAUAGAAAAGACAAAAGUAGAAUUGCACGAAGCUAAACGUGUAAGAAAAAAUAGAAUAGAGUAUGACGUAUUGGCAAAGGUUAUUAACGAGCAACCGGAUAGAUUGGAAACCAAUGAGAAACUUGCUACGCUACGUCAAGAAUUGGGAAAUUUAAAGGAAAAAUCUGAACAAUUGGAGCACAAAUUAGAAAUGCGAAGAAAACAGUUUCACGUUCUGAUAUCCUCUAUACAUUCUUUGCAAGGAAUGUUAGACGAAUGCGACGAAGAAAUAAUGGAUAUUAGUUUAGAAAAUUAUGAAGAUACCGAUACAACUUCUAUGGAAAUGUCGUAUUUACUAGUUUUAGGUACAUGUCUGAUAGUUAAGGAUAAUCUUGUACCUCUUUUUAAUACCUGUCCUUCGUUAUAUUCUAACGCGCACAUAUUCAUAUUUUUGAUUAUUCCCUUUGAAAUAGUAUCGCAAAUGGAAGGUUUUAAGGUGAAAGAUGAACCGAUGGAUGCAUUAGCCAUAGACAGUCAGGUUAUGAAACAUUGCUUUAAGGACGAAAAUAUUGUAAGCGUCGUACUUAAAGAGGAACCUGGAGAUAGAUUUGAUCCGGACUACAUGGAGGAUAUAUGCUCUGGUACUUUCGAGAAGGUAUUUUUACCUAUCGAAAACAGUGAAGUGGAUUUUUCCAAUGAGAUGGUAAAACUCGAGUUGGAAGGAGAAACGAGCGGACAUCCAAAUUGGACGGCACAGAUCACGGCUACUAAUCUUUGCGAGAAAGAAGAUGGCAUACCGCAUAGGUGUUUAAGUGCAGCGGACUUUAUGCAAGCUCAAGACGUUGAAAAACAUCCUGUAUUUUGUGCUAACGGACAGCAGCCCAAAUUUUAUAAGAUUCAAUGUUCCAUCUGCAAGAAAUGGUUUCUUAACAACGAUUCUAUGGUCACGCAUUUGAGAAUGCAUUGUAACGGGAAUCAGUGCGAGGUUUGUCAGCAAAACUUUCAAGACAGUUCCAGCUUGCAUGCGCAUAUGUUAACACACGUCGGUAUGAGUCCACUGGAGUGCAAUGUUUGUCAGAAGAGAUUUGCUUAUAAGUGGUGCUUAAGAAAUCAUAUGCAAAUGCAUUCGAUAGAUAAACCAUAUGACUGUGAUGCUUUGCAACAGGGAUUUAUGAAAAAGCCUGAAGGUAACGACGAGCAGUCGUUGAAUACAGGAGAAAGACCCUUCGAGUGUGACGUAUGCCACGCUACGUUCCGAGAAAAAGGAAAUUUGAAUCGACACAUGCUGAUUCACACCGGUGAGAGGCCCUACAAAUGCGAGAUAUGCUAUGCGGCGUUCAGGGAGAAGGCUAAAUUAAAUAUUCAUAUGCCCAUUCACACGGGCAUGAAGCAGUUCAAAUGUACCAUGUGUCAUAGAUCGUUCGCCCAAAAAACUGCUCUGAACAAUCAUAUGCUGGCGCACAGCGGGGAAAAGCCGCACGCCUGUAAUAUUUGUGAGAAGACGUACAAGAGGAAAUCGGAAUUGAUCAGGCAUACGAUGGUACAUACCGGCGAACGACCGUACGAAUGUAAAGAGUGCCUAAUGACGUUUAGGGAAAAGGCUAAGCUAAAUUCUCACAUGUUGGUUCACACCGGCGAGAAACCCCACGAAUGUCAUAUAUGCCACAAAGCGUGUGCGCGUAAGUCCGAUUUGAACAGUCACAUGUUAUUACAUACCGGCGGGCAAUACGAUUGCAAGGUUUGCGAUAAGAUUUUCACGCGAAAGUCCGAUCUUAAUAGACAUACUUUGAUACAUACGGGCGAAAAGCCAUUUGCCUGCGAUCUCUGCGACAUGGCGUUCAGAGAAAAAACGAGAUUAAAUUCUCAUAUGCUGAUACAUACCGGUGAUAAGAGGCACGCAUGCCAUAUUUGUCAGAAAACGUUUAAAGAAAAGUCGUCGUUGAGAAAGCACAUGUUAAGUCAUACGGGCGAUAGACCCUACGAAUGUUACGUAUGUCACAAGGCGUUUACGCAAAAAACUACUUUGAACAGUCACAUUUUGAUACAUGCCGGGGAAAGGCCUUACGAGUGCAGUACUUGUCAGAAAAUUUUUAAGGACAAAGCUGCAUUGAAGAAGCAUUUAUCGAUGCAUAUCAAUGAAAAAAAUCACGAAUGUUUGAUUUGCUUGAAAAAAUUUAGUCAUAAGGCCGCAUUGAACAGUCACCUGUCGACCAAUCAUACAUCUUAAUCCGUGAAGAUCUAGUCCGAUUUUUCUUUACAUCGAGCGCACCGUAUAUGCUUCUAUGCACCGUGCCCACCACGGUCUCGUACAAAAAGACAUUACGUACUUUAUUAUUUUCUCUCGCACACUACUCUUUUUUUUUUCCCCCCCCCCCCCCCCCCCCUUGUAUGUACCGUGCAGAAAUAAAUUAAUUUCCAAAUUA